AUGACAUCUUGUUUCAGGUCCGGUGGAAAUAGUUGUUGUAAGAGUUCCAUUGCUAUUUUGAAUCAAGCCUCUAAGGUUACCAUAUUCCCACUUGUUAGUAUCACAACUUCUUUAGUUGCUGAGGAAAACACGGCUAAAAGAAUUAGUGAGCAACAACAAAAAAGUGAUAACUCAGAGAAAGGUACUUCCAAGAACAAAGAAACGGACGAGCUGGUUCACGAAGAAGCUGUGCUCGAAAACUUAGAGAAGGGUUCGGCAGAAAAUGAUGAAACAAAAGAGUCAGCUUCAGAAGAUGGACUCUUUGACAAGCAGGCAGCGAUAUACUUGGAUGCAAGGCCUACUUAUCCGAAAGAGUGGUAUUCCAUGCUGGCGGAGCGCACCUCGAAUCAUUCUCUUGCUUGGGACGUCGGCACCGGCAAUGGCCAAGCAGCUAUCGGUGUUGCUGAACAUUAUGAGCAGGUGAUCGGAACAGAUGUUAGCGAAGGGCAGCUAAAGUAUGCAGUGCCACAUCCCAAAGUUCGCUACAUCCACACGCCACUCUCCAUGUCCGAUGAUGAAUUAGUGACCUUAAUUGGUGACGAAGGUACUGUUGAUUUGAUAACUGUUGCACAAGCAGUGCAUUGGUUCGACCUUCCAAGGUUCUACUCUGUUGUCACUCGCCUUCUCAGAAAGCCAGGAGGUGUACUCGCUCUCUGGGGCUAUAAAGAUAUUAAGGUUAGUCCAACCUUUGAUACAGCCGGUCUACGUUGGUUUCAAACAACACUUCCUUACUGGAAUUCGAAGGUACAGCAUGUGUAUGAUGAUUACAGGACACUUCCAUUUCCGUUUAAGAGUGUAGGAUUGGGUUCUGAGGGGAAUCCACUUCUUCUUGAUAUACCAAAGGAAGUUUCAUUUGAGGGGUAUUUGGGAUUUCUGAGAUCAUGGUCUGCAGUUGUUACUGCAAAGGAACAAGGUGUGGAUUUGUUGCCUGAAGGGGUUGUUAAAGAGUUGGAGACUGCUUGGGGAGGUGCUAAACUAGUCAGAACUGUUGUCUAUAAGGCAUUUAUGCUUGCUGGAAAAGUAAUGGUUUAA